GUUUAAUUGAAAAAAAAAAUGUCUGAUAAAAAAAGAUUCAUAAUUAUUUAUGCAAUACUGCUCCUGAAAUGCUUAGUAUUGCGCAAACACUCAGGAAUAUUUAAUGAACACCCUAAAAUACACUGGUGUGCAUGUGUGAUGGCAAUGCCGACACGGAAGCAGGGAAGCAAUGCAGCCUUGGAGGUGCAUGAGGUAUGGUACAUUGUUUGACUCAAAAGUGUCAGUAAUGCAAUGAAGUAACAGAUGACUUUCCAUUUUGUUCAGUAUGUGUCUCAUUUUUGGAAGAAACGUAAAGUGUCAGUAAUGCAAUGAAGUAACAGAUGACUUUCCAUUUUGUUCAGUAUGUGUCUUAUUUUUGGAAGAAACGUAAGUGAGAUAAGACACAGGGUUGCAUAGUGACAGGACAUUCAAAGAUAUAAGAAAAUAGCAGGAACCAAAGGGAGAACUGUGAUGAUCACUUACUUGGCAGAGUGCGACGAAGUGCUAAGGUGAAAUAAUCCGACGUGUCUAACUGAUGAAUAUCAGUUAUCUGAAUGAAGCCUGGAGUUUUGUGAUGUUUAUCAUCCUGAGAUAAGAUUGCCAACACACCACAUUUGCACUAUAUGACAAUAUUUCAAUCUUCCCGUCCAGCUUGCAAUGACCUCACUUCAUAGAAGCAGAGGCUUGAAUCUGAAUGAAAUUUUGGACCUACUAAAUGAAGAAGAUGAGCCUGGAGAUAUAUUCAUCGAACCCCCUGAAGUACAAAACCUAACAGAUGAAGAUUCUGGUAACGAAGAUGAGAAAAAUGGCAUUGGACCAGAAAAUCUGAAUGGCAAUCAACUCCAGGCUACUGCAGAGCUGAGGGUCAAAGGAUCAGAGGAGGAUCAGCUUCCUCCACGCAAAAAACAGAAGUCUAGUAGCACGAAGAAACAAAAGACAAAAAUUAAAUGGACCAAAAAUGAAGAACUUCUGAGAAGUCUUCAUUUGUUUCCUGAAAGUGACUUUAGCAAGUAUAGAGAUUUUACUCCUGUCAUGCUGUUUGAACUGUUCUUUGAUGAUGAGAUUAUUGAAUAUAUUGCUGAACAGUCUACAAUUUACUGCCUGUCAAAAAACUGGCCUGAUGUAAAGGUAACAUAUCAGGAAAUGAGAGUAUAUGAAAUAUGAUGGUAAAGAUAAUUUUGUGCAAAGAGUACCAGAUAACAAAAAACGGCUAUGUGCAGGUGAAAGUUGCAAGUCAAUUGGCAGGACAGAAUGUAAAAAAUGCAAUGUUGGACUUUGUGUGGACUGUUUCGCUUCUUAUCACACACUGUAAUAACAAUAAUAAACAUAUGUGUUGUGCAUGCAUAUUCAAGUGAAUUUUUUUUUUUUUUUUUACGCCGAGAUGUGGCUUAUUUUCAAAUAAAAAAACUCAAUAAACAUUUUAUGAUACUGUUUAAGUAUUAUCUACAUGUAUAUCUCUUGUAAAGAAUUAAUGAAAAAAAUAAAUGCAAAAAAAUAUUACACUUAGAAACUAAGGAAUAUUAAAUUAUUUUCCUAUGCGUAAGUAAAUAUCACUAUGUUAAAUCAUCAGUGAUGAUAUUUGGUAGUAUUUCUUGCUUUUAGUGUUUGAAUGUCAAUUACUGUCUUUUGAAAUAAACAAAUAAAAUUGAUGAUGUA